AGGCGGGUGGGAUACAGUGGCCCGGGCGGGGUGCGAGGCCCCCGCCACAGGCACCGGGGGGCCGCGCUCCGCUCUCCAGGGGACUCUGCGGAGCCGCCUCUGGAGGCGGAGGCGGAGGCGGGGGCCGCUUGCCCGGCAGCAUCUGUCGCGGCUCCCCACGGCGCGGCGCGCUCUGGCACCAGCUCCAGCCAACUUUGCCGGUCCGGAGCCGGUGAGGGUUCCCGCCCGCAGCGCCCGCCGCACCAUGAGCUCCGACUGCACCAGCUACCUGAGCGCCGACGGGGCGCCGGUGAGCGGCUUCAGCUGCCCGCGGGCGGACGGCGAGGCGAGCGCCCUGUACUGCUGCGGCUUCCAGGACGUCAAGUACUGCUGCGAUGACCCCCACAGCUUCUUCCCCUACGAGCACGGCUACAUGUGGUGGCUCAGUGUUGGAGCACUUGUGGGUCUGUCAAUAGCAGCGGUGGUCCUGCUUGCUUUUAUCAUCACAGUGUGUGUUCUCUGUUACUUGUUUAUCAGUACGAAGCCACGCAACAAGCUGGAUACAGGUUUAAGCUUGCAGACAGCAGUGUACACCUACCAUUUGUGAUCUGGCCAAGGUCACACAGGAAACCUCUGGUGGAACAUCCUUUCUCUCAAGUAACCUGUCUUGUCUUUAUAGCAGUGAGACUAGAGGGUGUUCUUUGUGAAAAAUAGAGAGGCACUGGACCGGAUUCUGCAAUACAUAGGCAUGGAACCGUAUCCUUCAGAAGGCACCAGCUGAAGCAGUGCAUCUGCAGAGCCAAAUGGAUUCAGGAAAUGCUUCUUUAGCCAUAAACUGGACUGUGUUAUACCAAUAAAAUAAAAACCAGCAGGAUCUUAUUAAAGGGGAAAAGGCAAAAUGCCACAUUUAUUGUGAAUACAGAAAGAAUCAUAGUAAGCAGUUAGUUAUAGCUAUAACAUUCCAUUCAAUUUCAUAUUUAUUCACAUAUUCAUUCAUACACACAUACACAGGUUCUGCAAGGUUGUUAUCAUAGAUACCAGCCUUAGAGUUGCUCAUACCAAGCCACUGGCCAGGUGGCCUGGACGUUAGGAGGGAGCAGGGCCUUGUCAGAUGCUCAUCUGAUGCUCCUAGAAGUUGGUUUGCAGAAUCAGACCCCAAAGUUCUCACUUUCUAGAGUCCAUUUUUAUAGGAAUUUCUUCCUAUGCCAGUCUAUGGGAAUUGCUUCAUCAUGCUGUUGCUGAAUCAAUCAGCAGAUGGCACAUUCCUGACGGCUCUGUGCUGCCAGAUGUUAUCUUGUUUUUUGGUUCUCCCACUCUUGAGGCUGUUGGGUGGAUUCCAGUCUGCCCUCCAGGGGUCCUCUGGUUGUUUCCACUUGACGCCUUCUUCAGCCGAUGGACACUGGAUUCUUAGGUUGGCACCUCCCUGAUCUUUCAGUUAUUAUCCACACCAACCAUCCAUCCACAUACAUCCUCUAUCUCUAUUUUAAUCACAAUUGUUAACAAAACGAGAUGAAUACAACAAAAGGGCGGGGAGUCUCUGGGUGCUGUUUCUGUUGUUACAGAGUAUUGCUUUGAAUCUCUGUGUGUGAGUAGUUGUUGUUACAAAGAAUUGCUUUGAGAACAGACUCUGUCUUAGAAUGUACUAACACAAUUAGCAACUUGCAAGUUUCACACAUAGAGGGAGAGAAACAGUACCAAAAACCAAGAGACCUCUUAAUUAGUAAUACCCUGGAAUUUAAACUACGGGGAAUCAAACUCAUUUGUGAUUUUAAUACAGAACUUCUCUAAUAUGAUCCAACAACUGUGAUAACCAGUCCACAGACUAUGACAGACUUUCCAGAGGUGUUUUAUGGCAACUAUAACCACCAUUAACAUCCAGGGCCAACAUGAAGCCGGUCCCGGUUAUGUGUUUCUUACAACCAUUAAUGUACAGAUGUUGUACUGAGAAGCAAUGGUGUAUUUUGAUUUGCACACUUAACCAAAUGAUGCUAGACUUCUUGGUGUAAAUUCUGCUCUGACUUCCCUCUAUGCAACUCCAAUGAGUUAUCAUAGGUGUAGAUCAGAGAAGAAUUUUGCCCAUCAUAUUGGACAGCUACUUUCUUUCAAGCCUUUUCAGUAUACCAUCUCAGUGUUGUAUUUGUUUGUUGCCUUUAUAUUGUCUUUACUUCUCUAAUACAUUCUUCUUUAGCUGAAGGUGAUAGUUUGACUUGCAGAUGUAUCUGAGUAGCAUAUCUUAAUAAAAGUUUAGAGUUGUUGUA